CCACGCUGAGCUCCUCUUCCCCCAGGCGUGGCGAGGCAGGGAUGAGGAGCCGGCAGCGGAUGUUUGCAGCAGCGAUGCGCCUGCUCCUCAAGUGCCUGCGGCUGGGCCGGCGGCGGCGCUUUAAGCUGGUACGGCAAGCGGAGCAGCUGUGGCACUAUGGGCACCUCUGCCUCCGCUCCCUGCUCUACAACUCCUUCACCAACGGCGACGUGGUGCUCGACUCCCUCUUUGAGCCUGUCUACUGGCUGGUGGACCACGUCACCCGGUGGUUUGGCGUGGUGUUUGUGGCACUGGUCAUUGGACUGACGAGCUCCAUUGUAGCCAUUGUGUACAUCUGCCUGCUGCCCCUCAUCCUGCAGACCUACACGCCUGCCUGGAUCUGCUGGCACCUCGCUUAUGGACACUGGAACCUCAUCAUGAUUGUCUUCCACUACUAUAUGGCCAUCACCACCUCACCUGGGCACCCACCACAGGCCAAGGACGAUCUCACUGGCGUCUCCAUCUGCAGGAAAUGCAUUGCCCCCAAGCCAGCUCGCACCCACCACUGCAGCAUCUGCAACAGGUGUGUGCUGAAGAUGGAUCACCACUGUCCCUGGCUCAACAACUGUGUGGGACACUACAACCACCGCUACUUCUUCUCCUUCUGCCUGUUCAUGACUAUGGGCUGCAUCUACUGCAGCAUCAGUGGCUGGGAGAUGUUCCGGGAUGCGUACGCAGCCAUUGAGAGAAUGAAACUACUUGAGAAGGAGAGACUGCAGGUGGCUGCCAACCAGACAUACUACCAGACCCCACCACCCACCUUCCACUUCCGUCAGAGAGCUUUUCACAAAAGUGUGGUCUACCUCUGGGUCCUGUGCAGCUCAGUUGCAUUGGCCUUGGGUGCCCUCACACUGUGGCAUGCUGCCCUCAUUACUCGUGGGGAAACCAGCAUAGAGCGACACAUCAACAAGAAGGAGAAGCAGAGACUGCAGAAGAAAGGCAAGGUCUUCAGGAACCCCUACAGUUAUGGCAGCUGGGAUAACUGGAAGGUGUUCCUGGGUGUGGAUGUGCCAAGGCACUGGCUCACACGUGUCCUGCUGCCCUCUUCACACCUGCCCCAUGGGACAGGCCUGAGCUGGGACCUGCCUCCCUGUGUGACUGAGCAGCGUGCACCACUCCUGGCCAUCUGAGCCCCAGGUGCUGCUGACAUCCCUCCCUGCAGGCAGGGAAGUGCACAGGGACCCUACUCUGCCACCCCUGCUCCCUUGACUCAAGGGCACAGUGGAAGGCAGGUGCUGGCAUGCAUCACUGACUGGAGUCAGAGCCAUGGGAAAUUCUGGGGACAGUGUCAGUGCCUGCCCUGGACACCUGCUCUCUUGGCUCCUUGGUGGCUGCAGGCAGCCCUGGAGAAAGGUGGCAGAGCUGCUGCUCCCUGCUCUAGCUGAAGGUGCUACCUUUGCUGGCACAGGUACAGGCUACCAUGUGGCCCACUUUGGCUCUCUGGCAGGGUUGGACAGAGAGGAUGGCAUCCCUGCCCUGCACUCCUCAGGGAGCCUUUUUAAGACCAUCCAAUAAAUAUGUUUGUGUUUGGUUUUUUUAAGUGAGCUUGUCUCUUACCUGCUGAGGGGCACAGAUCUGGGAUGGGGAGGAGAGGGAAGCUCAAGAUUCCCUGCUGCAAAGAGUAAGGGUCCGUGCCCAGCAGCAACUUUAGCUACUCAACCUGUGAAUGGAUGCUGAGGCCCCAGCCUGAGCUGCAGAGACCUCCCCAUAGCUCUAC